UCGAAUAGAUUAUGUUAUUAAUAUAACAAAUUUAUCAUAUUAUAAUAUUUUAAAUUUUUAAUAUAGUCCAAUUUUUUAUCAAUAUAAAAAUAUAUUAAAAUAUCGAGAGAGUCUGGUAGAAGAUCCGUAGAUAUGGACGUUGUGAACUGGGCAUGUUCUAAGAAAGGCAAAGCUAGGCUACCUCUGAAGGUUCGAGCUCACGUGCUUCUCAAGGAAGACACUCUGUCUCUUCCAUUCCUACUUCCCCCAUCAAUUCAACCAGUAUCUCAUAGAAUUCCCCUCCAGGGCGAGAAUAGUGCCACCGGAGGUCGGCACCCUCCCAUUAGUGUGACAGAGGUGGAGGCCCUCAUCCAGAGGGUCGGGAUCACCGUGGAGCAAUUCAAGGAAGUGAUGGCGGCCCUGACCCUGAACCACGAGGUUGUGGUGGAGGAUGCAACCAGGGAACCCGCCGGAGGGAAGGCGGGACCUGUGGGCUCAGGGGGGAAGAAGAAGAUGAAGGUCAGGCGGUCCCAAAAGAAGAAAGCGACCAAGCCUAACGGGAAGGCAAUCAUGGAGGAUGAACUAUCCAGGUUGGAUGAGGAAGAUGAGUCGUCAUCCUUCGAGCGGGCGUCAGCCUUUGAUUGGUUGGGAGAUCUUAAACUGAAGAAGCCCUGGACCUCGGCAUUUGACUGGCUGCAAGAUACUCGGUCGGCUCAGAAGGGCGAUCUGAGAGAAAAGCUCAAAGAACAGAGAGGAGAGUCCUCGGCAACGUCCAAAGUCGGCUCAGAGGAGCGAAGUAAGGCGAUUGAAGACAAGGAGGCGAUCGAGUUAUGGAGGAUGUAUGAUCGCCUGGAGAAGCGGUUGGACGCCCAGAUUCCGUACUGCCAGGCGGUCUUCAGUGAGGUAACCCCCUUUUCUAGAAGAGUGAUGUCGUGUCCUCUCCCACACAACUUUAAGACCCCGCAAAUCAAGGCAUACAACGGGAUGACCGAUCCCCAAGACCAUCUUGCUCGCUUAGGGGCGAACGUGGUUAUGUACGCCUACCCUGAGGAGAUUAAAUGCCGAAGCUUCCUGGCAAUGCUGGAAAGACAAGCCUGCGAGUGGUUCCAUAAGUUGCCCAAGGGGUCGAUCGACAAGUGGAGCGACUUAUCCCACAAGUUUCUGGAGCACUUUGCGUCCAGCCGGAGGGCGAAGUACCUGGCGUUAGAAGAGAAAGAUGACGAGCCGCCCAUCUUGAAGGAGAAGAAAAGCGGACAGCCAGUAGGAGAGGGAAGAAAGAGGAAAGAUUUUGGGAACCAUUACAGUGAAGGCUGGGUUGGAGAUGGCACCCACCGACUUUGGCUCGACAUGGAAUUUACGGUAGUGCAGCUUGAUUGUGCACACCAUUUAAUCAUAGGGCGACCGGGUCUGGAGGACUUGGAGUGCGUAAUCUCCCCCGUCCACCUGUGUAUGAAGUUCGUCACCCCCACCGGGAUAGGGAUAGCAAGAGGAAAUCGGAGUCUGUCCCGGUCGUGCUAUGUCAGGGCGACCAAGAGCCAGGCACGGGUCGACGAAAAUGUCAGCAAAAUCUGUGCCACGAUACAAAAGGAAGAAGGGCGACCCAGAGCGGAGCCGACAGAGGAGGUAGAAGAAGUUGCUCUGGACCCAGCCAAGCCAGAGCAAAAGGGUCCAGAGGAUAUGCAUGGGGUCGAUCCACGAAUCAUCUGCCACAGAUUGGCGGUAGAUCCGGCCCACAAGCUGGUCAAACAGAAGAAGCGUUUCCUCUCCUCGGGAAGGAGAGACUUUAUCACUAAGCAAGUGACCACCCUGCAAUCCAUCGGGCAUAUCUGGGAAGUCCGCUACCCGGAGUGGCUGGCAAACGGGGGAGGCGUCGUGGCAAUAUCGCCAGAGGGAUUCGAGGUGUAUUACUCCGUAAGAUUCCACUUCAAGGUGUCAAACAACGAGGCUGAGUACGAAGCGCUCCUUUGUGGUUUGAGGCUGGCGGCAUCCUUGAAAGCUGAGCGGAUCGAAGUCAGGUGCGAUUCCAAGUUGAUAGUAGGCCAUGUCACUGGGGAAUUUGAAGCGAAGGAUGAGCGGAUGAAGAAAUAUAAGGACACCGCAUUGGAAUUGCUUAAGGCGUUCGGGGCAUACCAAAUAGAGCAGGUCCCUCGAGAAGAAAAUGCUGAGGCAGACAUCCUCUCAAAGCUUGGUCCUGAUUCCCCAGAUCAUAUCAAGGCUAUGACUCAAGAAGAGGAGUUUUUGGAACCAAGCCUCAGUCCCGGACAAGUUUUGGUCAUUACACUCAAUGAGUCGGACUGGAUUGACGAGUUGACCAUGUACAUCCUUAACAGAGCGAUACCGACGGAUCCGGUCGCAGCUAGGGUCGUCAAGCGACGUGCAGCUAGCUAUACGCUUGAGAGCGGGAGAUCAUCACUGACAAUGGAACCUAGUUCGAGGCUAGGUUUUCUGCAGUGUUGGGGCAUAAAGCAUGGCUAUGCCGCGGUCGGGUACCCACAAAAUAAUGGGCAGGUCGAGAAUACUAAUCGCACCAUUGUGAAUGACUUCGAGAAUAAGAUAAUGGAGUGCAAACGUGCGUGGUUGGAAGAAUUGCCUUACAUUCUGUGGACUUAUAGGACCACCCCGAGGAAGGCCACGGGGGAAACGCCAUUCGCACUCACGUAUGGAUUCGAGGCAAGGGCUCUAGCCAAAACCUCACUGCUAAGUUAUAGGGUGGAGACGUUUGAUGUACAUGAGAACGAGGAAAGCUUGAGGGCGGAGUUACAUCUCAUAGACGAGCGAAGAGAAAGGGCCUACAUCCGGGCAGAGAAUUACCGCCGACAAGCUAAGUCGUACCAUGAUCAGAGGGUGCGACCAAGGCAUUUCAAGAUGGGCGACUAGGUCCUAAGGAAAAGGGAGGUCAGUCGGCCGGCCGACGGUGGGAAGUUUGCAAAAAGCUUUGAAGGGCCAUAUAUCAUAAAGGAAGUAUUGGCUG